AUGUCACCCACCUUUUCCCCAUGCAAGAGAUCAACUCCAUCGCCAAACCAGGACGGCAUGUUUGGUUUCUUUACUCAAGAACAACUGCCCCCCACGCCUCCGCUUAAGCCAAAAGGGAAACCCAAAGAUGACCGCCUGUACGAAACACCAGACAAGGAGAACCGUGAGCCCCAGAAACAACACAGCCGUGCCGCCAAAAGACCACCACUCACACCUGAACCAGCCGGUCUCCCCCCAACCAAAAUCAACAAUGCCCCUGUUCCGUCCAUCGAGAAGCAAAUCCAGCAACAGCUCGCCAACCAGGAUGCUGCAGGGCACUACACUGGUGGACGCAUGGAACCCGGUGAGUCACCCUACAUGUUCUUGCUCGCUGAUGUCUUCAUCACCAGUAAAACGAAGACUCACCGACUGGGUUUUUGGCGACCAAAAAAAGAAUCCCCCAACGACAGCGUCCUGUCGUACAACUCGCAGAACGAACUCUACGACACCUCUGUGGACCGAAACAGCUUGAAGAAAUGGCUGAUCGAAGAAUCCGAAAUGAAUGCCGAGAUAAUGGCGAGGAUGGGUGCCCCCACACCACAAAAAGCGAAGAAGCCGCAAGCCCAAACUGGUAGCGAAAUCAAGCCAAAGAAGAAGAUGCCGAAGGGAGGAAAGGCCAAAGUGGAUGCCAUCAUGAGGUCGGUCCGACAGUCUGUGACCGAUCAAUUCAUCGCCAACCCAAGAAUGAUGGAGCUCAAGGAGGAAGACGUUGCCUCCAGAAUCGCCCAACUGGCAUUGGAAAUAUCUGGCGAAGCAGCGGCCCUCCCAUCAGCAGUGAAUCAUGCUCGAAAUGCAGCAAAGAAAAAGAAUCCUCAGGACGUUUAG